GACGUCACGUCGCGUCCUGACCAAUCAGCGGUCAGCCCCCUCUGCGUUCUGUUGCGCUCGAGCUCUGGAGCAUCUCGAGCCUCUCCUCUCUAACCGCCGCCGUGUGUCAGUGUUCAUACGAGCAGCAGUGAUGAGCAGCAGAAGUCGCAGGUCCUGCACCAAGAGCCGCUCUGGCUGUCUGGGACGUAAAGGUCUGGAUGGACGAUUCUCCAGAGUGUCUCUACAGAAGCCUGGAUGGACAAAAGACGAGGAUGAGAAGCUGCACAGACUAGUGAAGGAGUUUGGAUCAAACAGCUGGUCUUCAGUUUCUCUUCACUUCAAAGGUCAAAGGUCAGAUGUGGAGUGUCAGCGCAGGUGGCAGCAGGUAAAGAAUCCCGAGCUGGUCAAAGGUCCCUGGACUCAGGACGAGGAUGAGAAGGUCAUCGAGCUGGUUCGCAAGUUCGGCAUGAAGCGCUGGUCACUCAUCGCCAAACACCUGCACAGCAGAAACGGGAAGCAGUGCCGCGAGCGCUGGCACAACCACCUGAACCCGACGGUGAAGAAGAGCGGCUGGACGCUGGAGGAGGACCGCAUCAUCUGUCAGGCGCACAGACUGCUGGGAAACCGCUGGGCCGACAUCUCCAAGCUGCUGCCUGGCAGGACAGAUAACUCCAUCAAAAACCACUGGAACUCAACCCUGAAGAGGAAGGUGGAGAAGGAGGGGUAUCUGCAGGUCCUACACGCCCCCAACUCCUCCAUCACCUCCUCAUUCAACUCCUCCUCUAACUCCUCCAAAUCCUCCUCCAUCAGACCAGCAUCCAAGACCUGCAGCCCCCCUAGCACAGCUAACAUCCCUGCCAAGGCAGACAGUCUGUCCAGUGGGAGGGACGAGUCCAGCUGCACCUCCAGUGAUCUGAGCGUGUGUGGACGCCAUCACAGCCACGCCCACCUGUCCUCCAUCUGUGGCCCCUCCUCCUCAUCAAGCUACGACUCCUCACUGAGCGUGUGCGAGCUGGCGGCGCCGGUUGAGCUGAUGGAGGAGAAUCCAGACAGCUGGAGCUGCAGCCUGAAGGAAAUGACGUCAUCGCUGAAACACCCGGUGGCGCUCUCUGCCUGCCUGCACAGAGUGGACGCCGACCCGACUGUCAUCGAUCUGAGCCGGAGCUACGUUGCAGGUAUGAAGGAGCAGCUGAUGAGCAGCGAGGACGGAGCCUCCUUCAUGGACUCCAGCUGGAGCAGAAACAACCUGGUGGGAGCCUUCACCCUCUCACCUUCUGAGUUCUUCAGUCUCUGUGGUGUCGAGGAUCUGAAGCUGCAGCGGCCGACUCUCACCUCCACCCCCGUGUGUUCCCUCAAACACUCCAUCUACAGCAACCAGGACGACGGCUGUCUGCACUGCAGCCAUACACACACCACACAGACGCCCACGGAGAUCAGAGAGAAGAUCAGAGCGUUUUGGAUGUCAGCUCCUCAAACCCCGACGCCGCUGAAGAUCCACAACAGCAGCAGCCAGGACGAGGUUUCAGUUUGUUCGAGCAGGAUCAUGAAUCUGACGUGGGAAGAGCGGAGCAUUGAUCCCGACAGCCAGCAGUCCAGCAGCAGCUCCGAGCUGCUGACUUCUAUCCUACAGGUCCAGGGUGAGAGUCUGCUGAGCUCCAUCCAGCAGGUCCAGACUGAGUCCAGCUCCAUCCAGCAGGUCCAGACAGGGUCCAGCUCCAUCCAGCAGGUCCAGACAGAGUCCAGCUCCAUCCAGCAGGUCCAGACAGGGUCCAGCUCCAUCCAGCAGGUCCAGACAGAGUCCAGCUCCAUCCAGCAGGUCCAGACAGGGUGCAGCUCCAUCCAUCAAGUCCAGACAGAGUCCAGCUCCAUCCAGCAGGUCCAGACAGGGUCCAGCUCCAUCCAGCAGGUCCAGACAGGGUCCAGCUCCAUCCAUCAAGUCCAGACAGAGUCCAGCUCCAUCCAGCAGGUCCAGACAGGGUCCAGCUCCAUCCAUCAAGUCCAGAAAGAGUCCAACUCCAUCCAGCAGGUCCAGACAGGGUCCAGCUCCAUCCAUCAAGUCCAGACAGAGUCCAGCUCCAUCCAGCAGGUCCAGACAGGGUCCAGCUCCAUCCAGCAGGUCUAUACAGAGUCGAGCUCCAUCCAGCAGGUCCAGACGGGGUCUAACUCCAUCCAGCAGGUCCAGACAGGGUCCAGCUCCAUCCAGCAGGUCCAGGAAGAGUCAAGCUCUACCUCAGAGGCCCAGUCAGAGUCCAGCUCUACCUCAGAGGUCCAGACAGGGUCCAGCUCCACCUCAGAGGUCCGGAGGGAAGCCAGCUCCACUUCAGAGGUCCAGAGGGAGUCCAGCUCCACUUCAGAGGUCCAGAGGGAGUCCAGCUCGGUCCUGGGCUGUGAGGAGUUUGGCUGCUUCCCGUUGGAUGGACAGGUGGAGGUGUGGUGGUGUCAGCAGCCCGGCGGCUACCAGCCCUCCCCAGAUUGUCCUGCAUUCAGACUGAACCCCUUCGAGCUGAGCGGUGAGUUGCAGGUGGUGAUGUUUGGGAAAACAGACGACCAGAUGAGUCUGACAGAGCAGGCUCGACUCUACACGGAGCCCUGACUGACCGGCUGCUGAACAGAAACAGAAGCAGCUUCAGUUUCAUUCUGCUGAGUCGACCUGACAAUCAUGAGUCAGCAGUUUAUUGAUUUAUUCCCCACAGCUGGUAACUGUAACAGAUGUUUUAUUAAUUUAUUGAGCAGUUAACAGGAAACAUCUUCACGCACAUUUUAAUGAUUUUAUUUGAUUAAAACUGUAUUUUAACAAAAACUCUUUUUAUAAUUGAACACAAACUUUUUAAUGCUUGUUGUGGUUUUACUGAAGAAGUCAGAUUUAUCUGGUAGAUUUUAUAUUUUUAAAUGAACUGUAUGUCUGUUUAAACAUUUGUGUAUGAAUGUAUUUAUUGAUUGAUUGAUUUCCUGAUUCUGACUGCUCGAUGUGAUUGAUCACUUCCUGUUUUUGACACGACGACACUUUUCAAACUAGUUUUUGCACUUUGGAUCCAAACUGAACGUCUGCUGAACCUUUUAAAUUCAGAGUAAACCUGACAAGUAUCAGAUGCCUGAUCAAUACUGAGAUUAUUUUAUUGUUUUCUGUUUGAUGAAGCUUCAUAUGCAGUGAAUGUUUGGAACAAAACACUUAUAUUUACUGUUUUAUUUCAAUUGUUUUGCACUGAAAACUUGUGAAUUGACAAAAAGAAUCUGCACAAAAACCUGAUUGCAGCACUUUAUUCAGAUGUUUUAGAGGAUUCAUCAACAAACACUGUGGUUCUCAUCUUGUUUUACAUUUUGUGAUGUCAGGUGUGAUGUGCAAUAAAAGACUGAACAUGA